GCAUGCCCUGCGAAGGGGAGCGCUGCAGGGGCUGGAGCGCCGUGCGGCAGCAUCACAGCGGAGGACGCGGAGCGUUGCACAGCCCUGACCCCGCCCACGGAUCACCAUGAACUACCUACGCCGACGCCUGUCCGACAGCAGCUUCGUGGCCAACCUGCCCAACGGCUACGUGACGGAGCUACGGCGGCCGGCCGCUCCAUCCAGCCCGUCCAGCUCGCCGGCGUCUCCUGCCACGGAGAGACGCGCUCAGCAGCACUCCGCCCCGGCCUCCUCCUCCGCCUCAGCCUCCUCCUCUUCCAACUUCCUCAGCUCUUUCUCCAGUGUGGUCCGGAGUGGCCCAGCCGCCACUGUGGGGCAGGCAGAGCCGGCGCGGUCGGUGCACGGCCCGGCCCCAGCCUCUGCUCCAUCUCUAACCUCCGGCACUGGUCCGACUCCAUCCCUGCCUGUGGUCCCCAAGCCAAAGGUCUUGCUGGUUAUCGGUGACUUCCACACAGAUUGGGCAAAGUAUUUCCGUGGAAAAACGCUGAACGGGACGUGUGAGAUCCGGGUGGAACAGGCAGAGUUCUCCGAGAUCAACCUGGUGUCAAACGUGAGCAAAGGAUGCAUGGUGGAUAUAAAGGGCUCCAGACGAGCCGGCCGGGUCAGCAGGUCUUUCAAGCCGGACUUUGUCCUGAUUCGUCAGCACGCCUACAGCAUGACCCCAGGCGAUGACUUCAGGAGCCUGGUGAUUGGCCUGCAGUUUGGGGGCGUGGCCAGCGUGAACUCCCUCUUCUCCAUCUACAACUUCUGCAGCAAGCCCUGGGUGUUUUCUCAGAUGAUUCAACUGUUCCACUCCUUGGGUCCAGAGAAAUUCCCCCUGAAUGAGCAAACCUUCUAUCCGAACUAUAACCAGAUGAUCUCCUCGUCUUCCUUCCCGGUGGUGGUGAAGAUGGGCCAUGCGCACGCCGGCAUCGGCAAGAUCAAAGUCGAGAACCGUGAGGACUUCCAGGACGUAACCAGUGUGGUGGCAUUGGCGAGAACGUACGCGACCACCGAGUCCUAUGUCGACUCCAAGUAUGACAUCAGGAUCCAGAAGAUCGGCACCAAUUACAAGGCCUACAUGAGAACGUCCAUCUCUGGCAACUGGAAAGCCAACACGGGCUCCGCCAUGCUGGAGCAGAUAGCGAUGACAGACAGGUACCGCUUGUGGGUGGACUCCUGCGCUGAGAUGUUCGGAGGUCUGGACAUCUGCGCGGUGAAAGCCGUCCAUGGGAAAGACGGCAAGGACUACAUCAUCGAGGUGAUGGACAGCUCCAUGCCAUUGGUAGGGGAGCACGUGGAGGAGGACAGACAACUGAUCGCGGAGCUGGUGGUCAACAAAAUGGCCGCCCUGUUGACGGACUCCUCGUCAUCACCUCUGGCCUCAGCCAAGGGCCAGGUACCACAGACGACCCAGCCCAGAAGAGCCCAAGGUGCCCUUUGGUCGGCCUCCAGUAACCCUUCACCGUCAGCCCAGGGGUCCCCGAAACGAGCCCGAUCUGCAACCACCUCGCCCAGCCAGGCUUUCCAGCCUGGGCUUCUCCCUCCUGCAUCAGCCAGCCAGAAGCAUUUGCCUCAGCUCAAUAAGUCCCGGUCCCUCACCAACACCCUCAACACCCGGGACUUGCUCCACGACAGCACCACCGAGGACGAGGCCAAGGCCGAGACCAUCCGCAGCCUCAGGCAGUCCUUCGCCAGCCUCUUCUCCGACUAGCUCUGCCAUCACCGUGGUUACCGGCCAUGUCAGCUCCCCCCCCCCGGUCUGAGCAUGGCCACCCUUCCUUGACAAGACGGAAUACCAAGCGGAGACAUACCUUUAUGCUUCCUGUUCAGCUCUUCCCCACACAAUUUUGACUCUUAUUAACAUUUUUAUUGGCAAUAUUGACAUUUUUCCGAUGUUUUCAUCAUAUGACAAUUUCAUACAUUAAUGUAAAUAAACUCUUUGCAGCCACACUCUGUAGUAAAUGCAAAUGCAAUACAUGGGAGGGGGUUUUACAACUGUGCUAAAGAACUGAGUAAUAUUUCAGCAAAUAAUAAAUGAUGUUGUGAGGAUUUUUUUAAAUAAGGCAAAAUCACGGUUUGAACGUGUUUCACGAACUGGACAGGCGUUUACUGCUUCUCUAGGGUUCAAAUGCUGGUAUUUAACCUCUGACCCACUCCAGAUCUACAUUUUCUGUACCGCUAAUCGGUUUAAUCAACUUCAAAUUCUUCCAUACAAUUUUUCAUUGCAGUUAAAUAUUCAAUUUUUGAAACAGGUUAUUUGUAAUAGAUACUCAAGUUUUAUCAUGAAUAAAUCUACAAGUUUUUUACAUUUCAGUGUGAUGAAAUGGUAAUCACUUGUUGAGCACUAAAACUGAAAAAGUCACUCAAUGUUUUAUGCAAUGUCAAUUGGUCCUAGCCUCUUUGACAACAUUUGUACUCAAACCUUUUUUAUCGUCACAUAAUGAAAGGUGGACGCGCUUAACUCUAAUAAUCUUUCGACUGGCAUGCUGUUCACUUCACUGUAACUGCACUGUACUGACUGCACUAUACACUGCAAAAGCCAUAAGGUCACUGGCUGUCUAAGGCCUGAUCAGACACAUACUCAUUGCUGUACGUACCACGUACUCCUACUCUGAUCAUGAGUCAUAAUGAACUAUGUAUAACAUGUAAACACAGGCAUUAAGAGAUAUAUCCUGGUUUUGAGAUAUAUCAAGUUAAUGCCUAACAUGACGUUUUGUGUUGAUGGGGUGCUAAGUAAGAGAGACAUUUAUCAGUAUUUAUUUCUUUGUAUUUUAUAUAUUUGUAUAAAUGGAAUUCUGAAUGCAUUUAUGUAUACUUCUGUAGUGUUUGUGGCUUUGACAUUUAAUAUUGACACAUGAUAUUUAACAUAGUAUCUAUAAAAUAUGGUAGUACAGAUUUCACAUCAACCCACUACACUGGCCAAUAUGGAUAGAUGAUUAAUUUGGAGAUUUCAGCCAAGCCUUUAUCACAGUUACAGUUCUCAAAGAGUUUCUGAGCCAUAAAAUGUGCUGUAAUGUUGAAAAUAUAGCAGAAUGAUGAAAGAAAUUCCAGAAAAUCAACUGGCUUCAGCAGUGUUACCUAAAAUCACACAAUAUAAAUAUAAAAUCCUGCAAAUUAAAGCUUUUACAGAUUCACCUUUGUAACCUGUAAUUGGUUUUCAGUGUUUUGAUUUUAUUGGUUUGUAAUUUGUUCAUCAAUUAACUGAGGCUGGCAGGACCUUCUUUUCUUGAAUCGAUUAGACUCCCCUGUAUCAACUCAUCCUGUGCGAUUGCAUCUGUCUAAGCUACUGUGAGCUGGUGUAUAUUUAGGACCACAUUUUCACCUAAGUGUGGCAUGACUGCUACUUCUGCUGUCUGUAAGAUCAUCAUUAACUUUUCGAGUAAAUGUUUGGUGUGUGCCUUGCUCCGUGUACAUAAGUGUAACCAUAGCGAUUUGAUUAAAAGGUGUCAUUUUUAAAAUGACUGUUGUUGAAUA